CUCUCCCUCGUUUCUUUUUUCUUUUUUUCUUUUCGCCCAUUUUCUUUCUUUUUUUUUUUUCUCAACUUUUUUUUUUUUUGGUCAAGAAAAAAGAGAAGAAACAAAAGAAAAAAAAAUAAUGAAUCAUAGAUAUCAUGUCGAUCUUCACUCUUUGGAAACCAAUUUGACAACAUCGAAUGUAUUUUCGACAACUUCACUUCAAACUGACCCUGAUCUCUAUGCAUUAAAAAACAAGAAAAAACCAAGCCGACUUGACUUGAAGAACCUCCUUAAAGAUCCAUUACCUCUACCUCAAAGCCACCUUGUAUCCACAAAUAGGUUGGCGUAUGUCGAAGCUCUUGUUGACAUUAAUGCAGUUGUAAUUGAAUCCAUUUGGUACCCAACAACAACAAUGAACGCCACACAUCAUACACAUUACCCUCAUCCUCAGCAUCAUCCUCAGCAUCAUCAUACCAAAGAGUCCCGAGUAUCGCCGGUCGUACCAUUGCGGACUUUUAUCCAGGAGGUUCUUAAACGCUCUCGAACGACUUACAGUACACUCCAAACAGCCCUAUUUUAUAUCUUUCGUGCUCGUCCCGCCAUUCUUCAACACUUGCAACAAGAAGAACUAUCAUGGCAGCAUAGUGCUUAUGUCAGUUGUGGUCGUCGCAUGUUUCUUGCCAGCUUAGUGGUUGCGUCUAAAUUUGUGCAGGACAAAACGUAUCGUAAUUCAGCUUGGGCCAAAAUUGCUGGAUUGCCAGUCCAGGAGAUCAACACAGCCGAACGUUACUUCUUGGAAUUAAUGGACUAUCGACUCUAUAUUGAUCAACCUAUUUUUGAUCGCUGGCAUCGUUUAUUACACAUGCGUACACAAGCCAGAAUGCAUCAUAUACCAACUAGUUUGCGUGACCUUGCUUCUUGUUUAUCAUUCGCACCACCACAAACGACAUAUCAUUCUCCUUCGCCCAUCAUCUAUGAAUUACCCUCCUCACAUUGUGUCACGACAAGUUCAGGAUGCCAUCAUGCUUGUAUGUGUUCUCAAUGCUCACCUCUUAAAGCACCUCCUGCUUUAUCACUCUCCCUUCCGAGCUCUAUUUCUUCUUCUCCCGCACAAACACCCAUUCAAGUAUCACCUGUACGUACAUCUCAAAAACGAAAGUAUGAAAGUAAGGAACAUACCACUCUUUUGGAUAAAAAACAUUGUAGAUUUUGGCAAUAAGCAAACCCUUUCCUCUCCUUUCUUUUAUAUGACUUCCAUAUCUAUUAUUUAUCUAUCUAUGCUUAUUACAUAUUAAACACUUUAAGUAUCUAUUUCAAACCUAUGAAUACAUAGAUUUAUAUAAAAAAACAAUAAACAAAAGUAAAUGAUAUACAAAGUGUCAUUAUUAAAGUGUAAAGGAAUGUUUAGACAUUCUCCUGUGUUGAUACAAUCAGAUCAAAUAUAAACAAUGAGAUAAUUCAACUGUGUAACAACUAGAAAAAAGAAAAAGGCGUUUUUGAAUACAUAAACAGCUGCCUUAACAAAGUAGGAAGACAUCUUGAAUAAAUAAAA